AUGAACCACCUUCCGCAAGCCUGGGGCCGUCCUAGAGACGAUGUCUACGGCGCGUAUGACCACUCACACUUCCAGUCGAUGGGUCCGACCCAGCACUCGCAGCAACCCAUCGUUACGGGUACUUCGGUGCUAGCGGCAAAGUUCAAGGACGGCGUGGUCAUUGCGGCGGACAAUUUGGCCUCGUAUGGAUCACUCGCCCGCUUCACCGAUGUCAAGCGACUACGGAAGUUCAACGAUGAGGUAGUUGUAGGCUUCGGCGGUGACGUCUCGGACAUGCAGUACCUCGAUCGCCUCCUCAACUCUCUCGAUAUCCGCGAGAACUACUCGUCGACAGAUGACUCUCUCAACGCCAAGAACCUCCACACAUAUCUCGCCAAAGUCAUGUACAACCGCCGAUCGAAGUUCGACCCACUGUGGAACCAUCUUUUGAUCGCUGGCCUGGAUGGCGAGGGCAAGCCUUUCCUUGCGAGUGCAGAUCUGCUUGGCACCACAUUCUCCUCCCCGUCGAUUGCCACAGGGUUCGGAGCGCAUCUUGCACAGCCCAUCAUGCGGACAAUAUUGCCUGACGAGGCAUCCGUACAGAACGUCACCAAGGAGCAAGCGGUAGAAAAGGUCAAGGAGUGCAUGAAGGUCCUCUUCUACAGGGAUGCCAGGAGUAUGGACAGGUACUCUAUCGCCGUCAUCACCAAGGACGGUGUUGACCUGAACGAGGACGUCAAGCUGGAGAACCAGAGCUGGGCUUUUGCCGAGAGGAUCAGGGGAUAUGGCACGCAGACGGCGUAA